GUUUCCAAAUCUGAUCAUCGAUCCCGCUCCGGAACUCUCCAUCUUCUUCACACAAAAAUCAUUUAAAAAAAAAAGUCUGGGCCACAGCCAGGGCUCGUUGUCCCAAUGUCAUUCGGCUGGUCAACCGGAGACAUCAUCGUAGCCCUUCAAUUAUUCAACAAGGUCCGCAUCGCUCUAAAAGAUUCGGGGGGCUCUAGAACCGAAUACCAGAAUGCUAUAGCAUUCAUUGACGAACUUUCAACUACACUUCGAACGCUCGACGACAUCCAGACUACGUCACCACACCCAGACCUUUUGCAAGAUGUCUGCAGCCAUGCUAAACGUCUGCGUAUAGAAGUCGAUCUGUUUCUGAAAACCAUACAAGAUGAAUACGGGGAGUCUUUGGGACCCUUCUCGACGUCCGGAAAGACCAGAAUCCUCCAGAAUAAGAUACGAUACGCGAUAUCUACGUCAAAGAACGUUCAAGGUCUGCGCGUAAAGAUUGGCCCCGAGCUUUCAACACUACAAUUAAAGAUAUCGCAUCACGUGCUACUUGUUUGUGCCAAUUUGCCAUCCGAUAUUGAGCGUCAAAUGAACCAUGCCACGAAAGCAGCCUUCAAAUCCUUCUGCAGCAAUCAAGAAAUUGGAGAUAUUCUACAGACAGUCUUAUCCCUUGGAAACAAGAUAGAUACCUGCCAUGAACAGACUUCGAAGGUUCUGUCCAUUAUCGAAGCCGUACACAACAAGCUUCAGGCACAGGAGCGGGGACCUUUGAUACAACUAGAAUCCUGGCCAGAAUCGUUGCCAUUCACUCGAGACACAGUGGCGGAGAAUCAUAAUAAUUUGAAGUCUCCAUUAUCGAUCCUCCAGAACAGUCAACAAGUCGUAUCUGGGCUAAGUGGCAUAUUGAGAGCUGCGAUAUGCCUACUUUCGUUCUCGAUGGUCGCAUUGUAUCGAAAGGCUGUUUUCACGAUUUCCAAGAGAUCAACACUCAUUCCUAUCCGACCUUCACUGCAAAGCGGUAUCAAGUUCAUUGAUGCUUUGGGGCGAACGUCAACUCUACCUUACGAUUGUGGGAGAUCUUGGGAGAUUUUCGAGAAGACAAUUCAUGUCUGGUUUCAAGGCUGUCCAGGGGAGGACCUUGUUAGGCAGGGGUUUUACUGCGUUGCUGACGCAAGAACUCCUUCUGAAUUCUUCACUCAAGAGUCUUGGUCUUGUUGUGUGAAGGACGGUAUGACCAUUCAAAUGUCCGUCAUCAUUAAUAAUUGCAUGGAAUGUGGCAGCAGAGUCACCUCUGACGAUGUGAACGACUACGCUCUAUGCUCGUCUUGCAACAGGCAACAUAUAGUAGUCACACGUGACGCCUUUCUGGGCGCUUCUUCCGACCUAUUCUCGUUGGGUAUAAAACAAGCCCAGAAUAGCUACUUGGGUAAGACGACUUCCUUUUCGCCGCAAAACUCGAUCCGCAAGCAAUUGAAGCAUGCUGUAUUCUACAAUCCACCGUCCUACCGUUCGUACCAAACUACGCAUGAAGAUUCUGGACCGCUAGAUUUUGGAGAAAUCGACACAGAUACUGAGAGUCAUUGCAAGUGUUUUGCAAUGGCGGAAGAAACACAUGGCGAAUUAUCGCAAUGCUACGUUUGCUACCUGAUAGACCUGGAAAAGGACCUUUUGCAUGUGCCGUAUCUUCGGAAGAAUUGGGGCUGUCCAGAGCCCUUUCUGACAAACGGCUUUCAACACUGGUCAGAGUUUGAAUAUUGAUGACCAUACUUAGAAGAGAAGUGCACGGUGAACAAUGAAGGAGACUUUUUCGACUGGACCGCUUAUGGAGGUUUGCUUAUGGAGGUUUACCCGAGUGGCGGAAAGGCGACUAAGAUACUUUUGUCAGUUUUAUGUUUGGGAAGCAAAAAAAAACCUGUAGCUUCGGU